AUGGCGGACAAUACCAUGUUAACCGUGGAAUCUAUCAAAAAAGAAGCGCAAAGCUGCAACAUGCAGUGGAGCGAGAUAGCUAAUAGCGCAGUGACCGAGUGGUUUGCGACCCUUGCCAAAGCAAAGGGGACUUGUCCGGAAUUUAUUUUGGUGGGUGUUUUACCGACUGUAAGCGCUCUGAUGGGCAAUACGACAGUGCAAAUAUUUGACGGAUACGAAGAGCGAGUCAAUCUGUACAUGCUUGGUCUCGGUGGUCCAUCUACGUGCAAGACACAAAGUCAUCGGACGUGUAUCAUAGAACCAAUCCUAAACUACCUGGAGAGAAAAACUGGAGGAACCGAGCUACUCCUGGAAGACGCGUCUAAUGGACUGUUCCGUUUUUUCACGAGGUCCACAGAUCGUGUUGCAAUAAGCGCCAUUGACGAGUGCCAAGACUGGUUCAGAGAAGUACUUGGCAUGAAAGGCAGUUCAACAGCCCCGUCGAUGAAACGCUUACUGCAAUGCUAUGACAGCUCACAUUGGUAUGAAACCAAAGGCAAUUCUAACAAAAGAAUCGGCGUGUCUUCCGCAGCCUUAGCUCUGUCUUGUUUCACCCAACCCGAUGCUUUCCUUAAGAGCAUCAUGCCUCGAAUGGUAGCAAAUGACAACGGGUUGUUGGACAGAUUUCUGAUCUGCAUUCCACCGACGGAGCCCACUUCUCUGGAAACGCGCAGGGACAGCAGCGCGGAACUAAAGGAUACAAACUUAUCAUCAUUUGACCGCAUAUACGAACAAAUAUUCUCAACACACAGGAAGGCGGACAAAGUUAAAUAUGAACUAUCGGCAGAGGCGCUGGACAUCUACGUUAAGCACGUAGGUGAAAGCAACUGUGGAAAUGGGAAAGGAAACACGAAAGAUGAAAAGAACAUCGUCCGCAUCGCCGCAGUGAUCCACGUACUUUUCACGCUCAUUGACCAGGCCUUGUCUAAAACAACGGGAGUGGUGCCGGUGCAAAUCAACCGGCAUGUGAUUAACGCAGCUAUAUCACUUGCACUUUAUUUUGAGAAGCAACGAGCAAUCAUCCGUCAGGUAAUUUUUGUGAACUUAAAAAUUCUAUUUUAUAGACUGCUCGCAUUAUAUAUGUCCACAAAUCGCAUUUGAGAAAUGAAGCUGUUACAUGCGCACAUGGUAAAGUUACAUGUUGCAGCAUGUUGGCAUGUAUUAUGCAUGCGACGCAAGUCUAGGAAAUGUUUAAAAGUUUUCAUUGUAAUUGUUCUUUUGUUAUAUCAUAUGGACAUACAAUGUACAAUGUGAAUGUACAUUAUGAUACGGUAAAAACUACCAUUUGUUUGUGUUACUAUAUGCUUUUGUUGCCUAGAGCAAUAACAUAACUCUGUUUGGGAUAAGCCUUGAUUUUUUUUCUUUUUUAUCAAUUUCAGGCAGCUUCCCUCGGAGAGAUCCAAGGAAAAAAUAAAGUCUCCGAUGAAGAGAUUAAAGAGAUGAUUCUCCGGCAGAAUGGCUACUUUGUCACCCCCAAGAGAGCUUCCCGUAAAUUCUCCUCCCGGAUAAGGCCAGAUAGUACAAGGGUACAAGAGCAAAUGAAGUCGUUGGAGGAAAUGGGCCUUGGAAAGAUGGUAAAAGUCGACAGGACCACGUUCUUUUACAAGGGUCUCCCAACUGCUGUGCAAGUGGACAAACUUGCUGCCUUUAGGAUCAGCAUUGACCAAUAUACGGAAUCUAUCAAACUCGUCGAUGAUAGUUAUACAGAGAUGUAA